AUGGAUGUGUAUGAUGAGGUAGCAAAGGUCAAGAUUCUAGCCGUCGACGUUGAGUUACAAGACCUAUUUGCAGGAGGGGGUGGAGGCAACACGACGAGCCAUAUCAGUUCGGCGCCUCUAGUCCCGAAGAGGAAGGACCGUCUCCUCUUUCUAGGAGCACCCCCCGACUUGGCUGCAAAUGCUACCUCCACUCCAAAAGACCCUCGGCGGUACCUUGUUAUAAGCAACCUGCAUUGGGCUGUGAACGACGUAGACCUAAUUGACGGAGCGUCUGCUUAUGGAGCAGUAGGAGGUGUUUAUAUUUUCGAAGACGCUCAGCGCAUGCAUAAGUCUGAAGGGAUUGCGUUGCUGGAGUUCAGGUCUGUAAGUGCCGCGGAAUCGGCCUUCAAGGAUGAGGGGAAGGCCUGGCAGGCCAAACAAGCUGACCGGAAGUGCGUUUUGACUCCGGCUCCACAGAAUGUGGUUUCGACUCUGGAGUCGCUGAGUCUUAAAUACGGCUGCUGGAGCCGCACUCCACUACUAGCUCCGGCUGUCAUAGCCGGAGUUUGGAAUUCUCUAGGGAAGCCAUUGCCGGCAACAACCACCAUGACCACGACCAAACAAAAUGUCGUUGACCACGCCAAACUUCCGGUUCCUAUUGCCGUCCAAUUAAUCAUUGAUAAGCUGGCUAACAAACCCACUUGA